GUUCAAGUAGAAACCUAUGGAACUUGGUAAAUAUAUACAACACAUAUUAUUUAAAAAAAUUAUAUGAAAUUAUUUUCAUAUUUUGUGCACUAAUUAAAAAAUUUUAUAAAAUUAGCAUAAUGGGAAUUAAAGAAGAAGUUGUAAUAUCUGGUAUUGCAGGAUACUUUCCCGAAUCCGAUAAUGUAGAAGAACUUAAAGAGUUAUUAUUUAAUAAAGUUAAUGGCAUAACUACUGAUUCGAGAAGAUGGUCACUUAAUAUGUGGGAUGUGCCAUCGGGUACUGGAAAAAUUAAGAAUUUUAAUGGAUUUGAUAGAUUUUUCUUUAAAGCACACUCAAAACUUGCAUCAGUCAAAGAUCCAUUAUCUUAUUUGGGAUAUGAACGAGCAAUAGAAGCAAUAAUUGAUGCUGGCUUGACACCUGCAGACUUAGAUGGUACAAAUACAGCAGUGAUCAUGGGAACGUUUCAGAGUGAUUGCGAAUCUCUUUUUUUACGUGAUAUAAAACAGAGUCAUUUUAUUCUUUUGGGAUGUUCAAAGACUAUGCAGGCUAACCGCAUUUCAUAUUGUCUCAAUUUAUUAGGUCCAAGUUUUUCUAUUUGUGGAGGUUGGACAAAUGGUAUGAAUAGCUUGUCAAUGGCUAAACGAAUGAUUGAAAAUGGACUUAUUGAAUCAGCUAUUGUUGGAUGCACUAAUUUAGUUUUGAAAGCAGAAAUGCAAUAUCAAUAUAUAGAUAGACUUACUAAAACAAAUUUCACCAAAUCGCUAAGUGAUGAUGCUGAUGGAUAUAAUAGAUCAGAAGCAUGUAUAGUAAUGUUUUUACAAAAAGGAUCUAUAGCUAAACGAUCUUAUGGUACGUUACUUAGUACAAAUUUAAAAAAUUUUGGUGAUCAUGCGGGUGUUCUUACAAGCCAUUCAAAAGAAUUCUUAAAAUCUACAAUUGUUGAAGCUUACCAAGAAGCUAAAUUAAACCCUUAUGAUGUUGGAUACAUUGAAGCUUAUGGUUCAGGAAUAAAGAUUGAAGAUAGUAUGGAAAUGAAUGUUAUUGGUGAAGUUUUUUGUACAAAAAAAAGGAAAACUACGUUAAAAAUAGGCUCAUUAAAAAGUAAUAUUGGUCAUACAGAAGAAUGUAACUUGUUUGCAUCAAUUAUCAAAGCUAUCAUAACAUUUGAAUGCGGUUAUAUACCACCAAAUAUAAAUUUCAAAGAACCACAUACCAAUAUACCAGCAAUUCAAUCUGGACAAAUGAAGAUAGUUACAGAAAAAACACCUUUUAAUGAAGAUAUAAUAGGAAUAAACAGUUUUUCUUUCACAAACAGUUUUAGCCACAUAAUACUAAAGCGAAAUAAUAAAACUUACAAAAACCAAAUCGAAGUAUCUGGCAAUAACAUUCCAAAAUUGAUAUUUGUUUCUGGACGGAUAGAAGACAACGUACGAGGCGCUUUAAAUAUUAUUAAAACCCAUGGAACUAAUGAUGAAUAUACUUCUUUAACGAAUGAUGUUUUUAGGAAAACAAUUCCUGGCCAUUAUUAUAGGAGUUUUGAUAUAAUUACUGGUUCAAAUGAGUCUAGAACUAUAGAUAUCCAGAACGUAACAUUGCAAAAACGUCCGGUAUGGUAUAUAUUUUCUGGGAUGGGCUCACAAUGGCCUGGAAUGGGAACAGAUUUAUUGAAAAUACCAAUUUUCGCUGAAACAAUUAAAAAAUGUGAUAUAGUUUUACGGAAAAAAAAAAUUGACAUCUUUAAAAUUCUGACAGAUCUCGACACUACAAUUUUUGAUAACAUACUUCAUUCUUUUGUUGGAAUUACAGCAAUACAGCUUGGCCUAGUCGAUGUAUUGUAUGCAUUAGAAAUCGAACCAGAUGGUAUAGUUGGACAUUCAAUGGGAGAAGUGGCUUGCGCAUAUGCUGAUGGAUGUUUUACGAUUGAAGAAGCAAUAUUAGCUUCUUAUUAUCGCGGUUCAUCAUCUAAUGAACUGGAUUUGAUACCCGGCAUGAUGGCUGCAAUAGGUCUCGGCUAUGCUCAAAUGAAAGACAUAGUACCGGAAGAUAUUGACAUUGCAUGUCAUAAUAGUUCAUCAAGUUGUACUAUAUCCGGACCCGUUGAAAGUGUGGAAAAAUUUGUGGCAAAAUUAAAAUCAGAAGGAAUAUUUGCUAAAGCUGUCAAUGUAUCUAAUAUUGCAUACCAUAGUCGAUACAUAAAACCUGUUGCUGUACUUAUCGAGAGUCAUCUCAAAGAAAUCAUUAAAAAUCCAAAACUGAGAUCAUCCAAGUGGAUUAGUAGUUCAGUUCCAGAAUCAGAAUGGGAUUCUGAUUUGGCUCGAUAUUCGUCAGCAGAAUAUCAUGCAAAUAAUAACUCUAGCAGUGUCUUAUUCGAAGAGGCUACUCGAUAUAUUCCUAAAGAUGCCAUCGCAAUUGAAAUAGCUCCACACGGUUUACUUCAAGCGAUUUUAAAACGCUCUUUUCCUGAAACAGUGACCAACAUACCAUUAACUAAGAAUGUGUUUGGAAACUCAAUCAAAUUUUUACUCAAUGCUUUUGGAAAAAUGUAUUUAAAUGAUUUGAAUCCAAAUAUUCAAGCAAUUUAUCCUCCAAUUGAUUAUCCCGUUAGUCGAGGAACACCUUUUCUACAUAGUUUACCAUUUUGGGAUCACUCAAAUGAAUUAUCUAUUGUAGUAACAUCUAUUAUGAAGGAAUCAUCAACAGAAGAAAUUAUAAAUAUAAAUUUAAAUGACUAUCAAGAUUUAAUACAUCAUAACUUUCAAGGAAAUUGUACUGCCCCACCUUCAUUUUUGUUGUUCUUAGCAUGGAAAUGUUUUUUAAAAUUCAAAAAUAUCAAUAAUAUAUUCUCCGUUGCUGCCAUUAUAUUUAAUGAUAUAAAAAUUGAAAAGAGGGUUGAAAUUUCUACUAAUGAUUCUAUUCAAAUUUAUUUCAUGCUUCAACCAUCAGGAUUAUUUGAAUUUUCCUGUGGUGAAAAUGUAAUUUUAACUGGUCGUAUGAAUUAUUUAAAAGAUUCAGAAGUCAAAAUAUCUAAUAUUCAAUCAAAAGUUUCGGUAGAAAACGAAAAAGCUGAAUUGUUUCUAUCAAAAAAUGAAAUAUCAGUUAUAUUUAAAAAUAAAGGAUAUCAUAUUAAUAACGAAAUGAUGUGUAUUGAAAGUGCAGAAUUUUUCGACAAAAGAAUUAAAGCACAAGUUAAAUCAAUCAAUAAUUCGUUUUAUUUUUUGGAUAACUUAUUGAAAAUUGCCUUAUUAGAAAACUUGAACUCUUCUAGCGUAGAAGAUCUAGAAUAUAUUGAAGAAUUUAUCAUUGAUCCAAGAAUAAUUGAAAAUAAAAAAGAAGAAUCUGUUAGUGUAAUUUUUAAUAAUGCGACAAAAGAAGUUACAAGUGAGGGAAUUUACAUAAAAAGUAUUAAAUAUAUUCAAAUACAAACAACUGACAAAUUGAGUUCUAAUUUAAAAUUAGAAAAUUGUAAAUUUCAUUUAUUUAACAAGGCGCAGCACAUGGAUAUUGUUGACUUUAUAGAGAGUUCUGUUGAUUUAAUUACAAAUUUUAACCAGCUGAAGAGUAGCAAUUUAAAAAAAAAAUUAAAUUUGGUGAUACAAGAACUUGACAUUGAAAAUCAACUUAUAAAGAAAUGUACAGAGGACCUAAAAUAUUUUUUGAAUAAAAAAAUGUCAAUCGAUUUCGUCAUACUUAAUUCAAAAGAAAUGUCUCGAUUUAAAAAUGAUUCAGAAAUAUAUGUUGCUGUAACAACUUCUUCUAACAUAAAAGAUUCAAUUGUUAAAUUAACUACUGAUUCGAGCUAUAUACUUGUCUUAUCAAAUGAGUUUAUAUACAAUAUUGAUAAUUGGAAAAAUAUUGUUCAUCAAAAAUUUAAUAAUUGUUGCAUAACUUUAUUAAAAAAGAGAGUAAUAAUUAAUGAAAAUAGUGUUUUUAUUAAAACUGACACAAAUAAAGUUAAUUUAAUUUUGUGGAAAACGAUAUCCGAAUGUAAAACAUCAAAUAAAAAAAUUUAUUUAAUUUCGAAAAUUGAACCACCUAUGGGAAUCUAUGCAUACGUUUUAAAUAUUUUAGAAACAUUUAAAAGUGAAAAUCUCAGAUUUAUUUUCAUGCUCGACUCAGAUGUAUCAGAAAUAUAUGAUACAAAAGAUUUUUAUGAAGACCAAAUUAGCAAAGAUUUAUUAAUUAAUAUUUACAAAAAUGGAGGUUGGGGUUUGUUCAAAAAUGUUUUGCACGAAAACAUAACCUUAGAAAAUAAUUUUACGCAAGAAAAAUUACCAAUUCAAAUUUCUUUGACUAAAGUUGAUGGUUUGUCUAUAAAGUACCUUGGAAUAAACCACUGCAAUAUUGCUGUAGACGAAUAUUUAAAUAAUGAAAUUGGAUCACUUGAUUAUACAGGUUUUACUAAAAAUGAAAAAUCAGUCAUGGGAAUUUUAUCAUACAAUCAAAAAGAAAACGAAGUUAUUUAUGAAAAAGAAUUAGCUUGGCCUGUUCCAAAAGAAUGGACAUUAGAGGACGCUGUUACAGUUCCUAUGACAUAUUCUACUGUUUACUAUAUGUUAAAAGUUCUUACAACUUUACGAAAAUUUAAAACUGUUUUGAUUACAUCUGGUACUCAUCCAAUCGGUUAUGCAGCCAUUUCAGUUUGUUUACCUGAGGUGAAAGAUGUCUAUGUCAUAGUAGAAAAUGUACAACAAGCUGUUCUAAUAUCUAAAAGCUUUCCUUCUUUAUCAGAGUCUAAUAUAAUUGUGAAUGAAAAUAAUACAUUCGACAUAAAUAUAAAAUUGAAAAACAAGAAUGUUGCUGUUGAUAUUGUAUUGAAUUUCUUAAAAGAUAAAGGAUUUGAUGCUGCAGUUCGUUCAUUAAAUUCUCACGGUAAAUUUUUUCAAUAUUGUCAAAGUGACAUGAAAAGAUACAAAAAAUUGGGUUUAAAAAUAUUUCUGGAAAACAUUUCUUUUUACACAAUAUUUUCUAAGAAGUUUUUAAAUGAAUGCGAUGAAACUAAAAGAAUUGUUCAUAAAGAAUUUAUGAAUGGUCUAAGCCGAGGUAUUAUAAAACCAUUAAAAAAGACUAUUGUUCCAAUGUCUUUCUCCAGCGAAAAAUUACUUGAUACUCUGAAGAAAUCAUCAUUUGUUGAAAAAUUUAUUAUUCCUGUUGAUGAUUCUAUUUUAAAAACAGGACCUAUGGAAAACAAAGUUUUAGGCCUUUAUCGCUGUAAUCCUGAAUACGAUUAUGUUAUUAUUGGUAACAAGACUGAAUGGUUAGACGUUGUUGAAUGGUUAGUAUGUAGAGGAGCACAAAACAUUGUAAUCUUAAUAAACAAUUAUAUUUUAUCUUCAAUUGACUGUAGAAGAUUUAACCAACUCUUAUCAAAAAAAAUUUCUCUUAAAAUUGAAUCAUAUAAAUCAAAAAAAACAAAAGAAGACACAGUAUAUUGGCUUGAUCGCUUGACAAACUGGAACCGAGUUGGAGGUUUAUUUUUAGUCAAUCAAACUAAUCAAGAAAACGUUCAAAAAAUUGCUUAUUCUUUUGAAAAAUUAAAUAAACUAAAAUCAACACUAUUUGUUUGUAUUUCAUGUAAUAGCAAAAGUAUUUGUGAAAAUCUUAAAUCUAUAGGGAUCAAUGUUAUAAAUAUUUCUUCUGAUAAAGUCUCCAAUCAACAUAUCAACACAAAAAUGAUUUUAAAAACUUUAGAUUCUCUUCUUAUUAAUUCAGAAAAAAUUAUUUCAUCUAUUUUUAUAUGUUCAAUAGAUAGAAAUGAAAAAAAAAACAAUCUAGCUUAUGUUUUAAGGAAUUUACCUGAAACUACUGAAGAACUAGUUCAGCUACUUGAAAAAAUAGAAGAUCUACCUAAUUUCAAGGAAGUGCAAACCAAAAGUCCAAGAUAUUCACAUGUAAAAGAAAUUCCACCAAUAUUUGUUAUCCCAGGUUUUAAUUCAAAAAGACUAGAAGCUCUUUAUAAAAGACUGCAAUAUCCAACAUUCGAGGCACGCAUCCCAGAAAUUAUAAGUUCCACCAGUGAUCUAGUUAAUUUGCUUGUUAAAAAAUUAAGAGAAAUUUCUAGUCAUAAAAUGGUUUCAUUAAUUGGCGAAUCGUGGGGUGGCGUGAUUGCGCUCAAGAUAGCACAAAUAUUAGAAAGCCAAGGAAUAAUGGUUGCUGUCACAUUAUUGGAUGGAGAUCCUGAUUACGUUUUUGAGUGGUUACAAAUUUUAAAAUCUAAUCAAAAUUCAAAAAUUAUGUUGGAGCAAAACUACAGAUUUCCAUUACAAAACUAUAUCUCAAAGGAAGAUUUUAAUAAAAACGAAUUAAAGAAUUCAAUAAGACGAAAUAAUACAACUCCUGCAUUUAACGUUUUAAAAUCUCUUGAUAUAAUUUGGAAUAGAUUGGAUUCUUUGAUGAAGUCUACAAAAAAUCCGUAUAAGUUACUCAGUAGAGUUCAUAUAUUUACAUACAAUAGGGUAUAUGAUUUUAAAAAUUCGCCGCAUAUCAAAGAAUUUUGUUCUAGCAUACCAAAUGUACAAAAUAUUAGUGAAAAUAAUGUUGAAAAUGAAGAAUUAUACCGAAAAAUAAAUUCAAAUGCUGCCAUAAUGUGGUCUAAUAGCAUUGAAAAAUCUAUUGCUGAGAAUUAUAAUAAUUUUUACUUUGAUAAAUAUAUAAUUUAAACAAUCUUUAUAUAGACCUAUUUAAUUUUAUAUUUUUUACAAAAACGUGUAAAACUAAAAAAAUAUCUCAAAUAAAACUUUACAGAAAUAAGCAAUUGUUAAUUAUU